GUCUGACCAAAUGCUGCAUGGAAUCUGUGAGCCAAUGUCUGGCAGCGAAAAAUAAAGCAUGUGACAAACUCCAAGCAAUUAAGACCUUGGAGGACAUUUUGCUGAAAACAAAAGUGAACCAAACUUCACUUUUCAGAGCCAAUCGUUCUAUGGCUGUCCUACAUAAGCCUUCUGGCUCUAGUGGCAAGAGUAUUGACAUGUAUCUGAGUGACGCAGAGGGUUCGGUAGAUGAGGAUCUGCCCAACCGAAAAUUGAGAGCUUACCUGCCUAAAGAGCUGAAACUUGGACCAAAUGAUACAGUUGCAUUCUGGUCGGUUCAGCUUCCAGAGGAGGAUGAUUGGGAAGGCUUAAAAGACCUGUACAAGCACACACUCAUUGGCCUGAGUGUCGAUGGAAUGGACGUUUCUGGACUUACGGAACCAGUCAAGAUCACAAUCAGUAUCACUGCAAACAUGAAUGAAACGGUGAACGUCACAUGUGUGUACCUAAAUACCAAAGAAAAUGAUACCAUUCCAAGACAAUGUGACAAUACGGAAUAUAAUGAGACUCACGCCACCUGUUUCUCCAGUCAUCUCACGUACUUUGGUGUGCUUAUGGUUUCUGCAGACCUCUCACCCAAAGACGCUGAGAUCUUGUUCUACAUCACCUACAUCGGUUGUGGUAUCUCUCUGCUUGCUCUGGUCAUCACUGUUUUGUUCUUUAUCACAAACAGAAAACUCAGAGGAGACGAUUCCAAGAAGAUCCACAUCAGCCUGGCAGUCGCUCUGAUCCUCCUCAACGUUCACUUCCUCUCCAGUCAGGCAGCAGCAGCGUCGUCCUCCACUGAGCUUUGUCUCUAUGUGGCUCUUCUUCUUCACUACUCCCUGCUGGCCUCUUUCACCUGGAUGGCCUUGGAGGGCUUCCACCUCUACCUUCUUCUGGUCAAAGUCUUCAAUGUCUAUGUGAGGCGGUACCUGCUGAAACUCAGCGUGGUGGGAUGGGGUCUUCCAGCGGUCAUUGUGUCAGUGGUGGUGAUCAUCGAUAAGAACCUGUAUGGCCGUACCUCUGUGAUGUCAUCUAGACCCAAUGAAACUGAAAUAUGCUAUAUAACUGAUGAUAGAGUGAAGCUGGGGACCACCCUGGGACUGUUCAGCAUCAUGUUCCUCUUUAAUGUGAUCAUGUUUGGAGUGACAAUCAAAUGGUUUGUGAGCACCCACUUUACCAAACAGCAUGGACAGAGAGAGCGCCGUGUGGCCCGGAAAGAAAUUGUAACCCUGCUGGUCCUCAUGGUUCUGCUGGGCCUGUCCUGGGGGCUGAUCUUCUUCUCUUUGGGCCAGCUUCCUGCUCCGGGCCUCUACGUCUUCUGCAUCCUGAACUCUCUGCAAGGUUUCUUCAUCUUCAUUUACUUUAUGCUGCAUUUGAAGAAUUCAGGAAACCAAUCUGCCACUCCGAGCCCUGGAACGCAGGUUGAAAGCUCUUGAUCUCCAGCAGGAUCUUACUCAGAGACAUUCAGCCGUGAUUCAUUGGUCUUUAGUUUGCCUUAAGGAAAUGUUUCAGAAUGUCAAACAGAUCUACACAUCAGACAAAUGUAACACGUAAACACAAAAUGCAACAUUUCAAUCAAAAAGUUUCUUCCAUCCAUCCAUAUUCUUGUGCUUAUUUCAAGAUGGAGUGAUUGUUAGGACCAUUGAAGCAGAUCAUCUCAACACCAAGUCCAAAUUACAGGCCAAGCUCUGACACAGGGCCCUAAAGAACAUAUGAAGGGGCCCGGUACUCGACAGUCAUGAAGUAACGCUCUCAGGAAACCCCAAGGGACACGGUUGAAUACUUUCUCGAAGUUGACAAAACCCAUCUGAACUUGUCUUUAUACUGUUUUUAUUUUGUUGUUGUUGACACAGGGACAGUGUAGGACAUUUCAUUAACUCUUUGAAGGGAUAGAUGCAUGGUACCAGGUAAAAGCAAAUGAUGCUAAUUUUCACCUGCAGUCUCAGGUCAGGCUCAGUUUUGUUUGAUUUGACAGAUUAUGUUCAGCCAGUUUAUGUUCAGCCAGACUUUACUAAACUGUCUGAACAUGUCUGAUAUGUAAUUAUUCAAAUCUCAGCUAAAACCAAGCAAACCACAAACUUACAGACAAUUCAUGAAACAAAUGGUUUGCCUUCAUCAAUAAUGAGUAACUGAUCUGCUUAUUUAAUAGCCAUAUUUUUUGCCAUAUGUUUUAUAACUAGAACAUGUUUGGCUAACUAUUCCAAUGAUCAGGCCUGUGACAAUAACAAAUUAUGCUCAACAAUAACUUGUUCCAAUAAUUAUCACGAUAAAUGAUAAUGUUGUUGUUUUGAGAUCAUUUUCAACUGAUAUGUUGAUAAUGGCAUAAUACUGAAAGUUGGCUCUCAGAGACCAGUAACUUUUGUAAAGAAGACAAGAACUGGAAGAUAUUUUAAAUAUAUAAUAAUAAAACACAACAACCACAAACAAAAAGCAACAAACCAACAAAAACAU